GCAGGGACGGCACUCGGGCGCCGAGAUGGCGCUCUGCGGGACUCCUCGGCGGCGGCACAAAGUUCGCGGGCGGAGAGAGAUGCUGCCGCAGCAAGUUGGCUUCAUGUGCGCGGUGCUGGCCCUGGUGUGCUGUGCGUCCGGCCUCUUGGGCAGCUUGGGGCACAAAACAGUUUCUUCCAGCAGACAUACUCUACAAGACAUCUGGAGAAAUAGAAAGUUGAUGGCACCAGUGAAUGGGACUCAUACGGCUAAGAACUGCACGGAUCCUGCGAUUCACGAGUUCCCCACGGACCUGUUCUCCAAUAAGGAGCGACAGCAUGGAGCUGUCCUGCUGCAUAUCCUCGGUGCUCUGUACAUGUUCUACGCCCUGGCCAUCGUGUGCGACGACUUCUUUGUUCCGUCGUUAGAGAAGAUCUGUGAGAGACUUCAUCUGAGCGAAGAUGUGGCUGGAGCCACCUUUAUGGCUGCGGGAAGCUCGACUCCAGAGCUGUUUGCCUCUGUCAUUGGUGUCUUCAUCACCCAUGGGGACGUCGGGGUAGGCACCAUCGUGGGCUCUGCUGUGUUCAACAUCCUGUGCAUCAUUGGCGUGUGUGGAUUGUUCGCCGGCCAGGUGGUCCGUCUGACGUGGUGGGCCGUGUGCCGCGACUCCGCGUACUACACGCUCUCUGUCGUCGUGCUCAUCGCGUUCAUCUAUGAUGAAGAAAUUGUGUGGUGGGAAGGCCUGGUGCUCAUCAUCUUGUACGUGUUUUACAUUUUAAUCAUGAAGUACAAUGUGAAGAUGCAAGCCUUUUUCACCACCAAAAAAAAGAGCAUUGCAAAUGGCAACCCCGCCAGUAACGAGCUGGAAGAUGGUAAUGACUUCUAUGAUGGUAGCUAUGAUGACCCUUCUGUGCCAUUGCUGGGGCAAGUGAAGGAGAAGCCACAAUAUGGCAAAAACCCCGUGGUGAUGGUGGAUGAGAUCAUGAGCUCCAGCCCUCCCAAGUUCAGCUUCCCUGAGGCCGGUUUGCGCAUCAUGAUCACCAAUAAGUUUGGGCCCAGGACCCGACUACGGAUGGCCAGCAGGAUCAUAAUUAACGAGCGGCAGAGACUGAUCAACUCGGCCAACAGUGUGAGCACCAAGCCGCUUCAGAACGGGAGACACGAGAACAUGGAGAAUGGGAAUGUCCCCGGGGAAAACCCCGAGGACCCUCAGCAGGAUCAGGAGCAGCAGCCCCCAUCCCAGCCACCACCCCCGGAGCCGGAGACAGUGGAGACUGUCUUCCUGUCCCCCUUCUCUGUGCCAGAGGCCAGAGGGGACAAGGCCAAGUGGGUGUUCACCUGGCCACUCAUCUUCCUCCUGUGCAUCACCAUCCCCAACUGCAGUAAGCCCCGCUGGGAGAAGUUCUUCAUGGUCACCUUCAUCACUGCCACACUGUGGAUCGCCAUCUUCUCCUACUUCAUGGUGUGGCUGGUGACUAUCAUUGGAUACACACUCGGGAUCCCCGAUGUCAUCAUGGGCAUCACUUUCCUGGCAGCGGGCACCAGUGUUCCAGACUGCAUGGCCAGCUUGAUUGUGGCAAGACAAGGCCUUGGAGACAUGGCAGUCUCUAACACCAUAGGAAGCAACGUGUUUGACAUCCUAGUGGGACUCGGCAUCCCGUGGGGCCUGCAGACCAUGGUUAUUAACUAUGGAUCCACGGUGAAGAUCAACAGCCGGGGUCUGGUCUACUCCGUGGUGCUGUUGCUGGGCUCCGUGGCGCUCACCGUCCUCGGCAUCCACUUCAACAAAUGGCGACUGGACCGCAAGCUGGGCGUCUAUGUGCUUGUCCUCUACGCCGUCUUCCUGUGCUUCUCCAUAAUGAUAGAGUUUAACGUCUUCACCUUCGUUAACCUGCCCAUGUGCCGAGAUGACAAAUAAGCAGAGUCGCCUCCUCGGGAGCUGCCCUGGGCACCCGUGCCACUGGCGACCUCUUCUCUCUCUCCUUCCCCACCACAGGUCUGUCCUGCCUCAGCAGCCACCGUCUGUUCUUUAAGAGCUGGAAGGAAGGGCCGUUGUGGUCUUUGUGUGGUCACAGGCCACCUGCUGGGCACCUGUGCCACCUUGGGUCCUGCCCCACUCGAGGCAGGUUUGGGGGUUCAUUUGAGCUGAGCAGCUCCUCGGACCCCUGAGCUGCCAGCCACAGAGAUGUAUGUCUCAUCUCUGUCACGCUGCAGUCAGAGGACCUCUGCGUACAGUUUUCUUUCUGUCACACAGGCAGCCUUGGAAUGAGGCAGGCAGUGAGCGUGAGGUCUCCUGGGGCAAAUGCAAAAUGGGACAGUUGCUCUCAAGUGUCCCCUGUGGGCCACGGGGUGAGUCCCUUAGACAGCACAUGCCACCAGCUGGCAGCUCUUGAGGUUUGGAGGAGGCAAGGCAUCAGCUCGCUGGGGGUUUGAGACCAUGAUGGCUGACUUUCCACUCCUUUUUCUGGAAAAAAAAAAAAAUGGAAGAAUGGAAACUUUUUUUUCCCCAGCAGAAGAGAGAAAAGCAAACAAAAUACUCUUAUCCUUUUUAUUGAUGCAUUCAGAGAAUGAUUAAUUAUUAUUAAAAGUAAAAUGUCAUAUAGAUCAUCAUACUUGAAAAAUAUCAUUCCACACAAAAGGAUUUUGACGGGAACCAAAAAAGUAGUCCUUGUAAAAAGUGAAUCCUGUGUGUAUCAUCCUCCUUUGGCUCUAAGACUUUUGGUUUGGAAUUUAGAAAGAGGUGAAAGACCACCAUGGAAUCAGGUGCUAACUCAGAGACACAGUAGGGUAAACUGCAGUGUUUACAGCUAGACAUCCCAGAACAUUCCAGACUUUCUGCGUGAUGCAACACACUGUCCCUUCGAGCGUGUUGUUUCUUUGUUAUUGCACUGUUUUCAAAGUCACCUUGGAGAGACCCAGUUGUUUAUAUGCCCAACAAAUUUCAGAAGUGAUGGUUCAUGACAAGGAGAGAGAUUUCCUGAAACACAGCAGAUUGCUCUCUGGCUAGCUGAAGGCAAGUAUGAAAACCAUUAUCUUAGAGUGUUUAGAGCUAAGUUUCUUGAACCUUAUAGUUUGCAACACAUAAAAAUGGGGGGGUGGGAGUUGAUUCAAAAAUAGAUAGGAAAUAUGAAAUAAUGUUAAGCUGCUUCAUAGCUCUAAAAUAUAUAUAUAUAUUUAAAGAUUUAUGAACAUAAACCAUUCUUGGGUUCUAACAAGAAAGCACAAAUUAAUUUUAUAUGGAGUGGGUUUUUUUUAUUUUUUUAAUGUUUCUAUUGCAAAAGUCUAUCAGAUCUGAUGCACUUUUAAUAUUGAGAUAUUUUGCACAGAAGGAGGUAUGGGACUGACCCAUAAUGAUGUGAGAAGAAAGGGUUUUAGUGAUUCACCCGAAAUUGCUUUAAACUUGGUGAUGAUGAGUCGAAAUCCAGUAGCUAAUCCCUUCCUGAGACGCAGGGCUCAUGAGCCACUUUGGAAUUUAUAACUAUGCUCUUUAAGGCGUCCUGAGUUUCCAAAGGAGGAAGUGUUCAAGCUUGUGUCUCUUAAGUCCCUGUAAGCAUGAACCCCCCCAAGGGACCUCAUUCCCACCACCAGGCUUCUCUUCGGGGUUCACAUCAGUGUUAGUAGCUACACCAAGUCAAGGCUUUGCUUUUUGUUCCUCUCCCUGGAUAUUGGGCUCUGCAGCCUUCAGAUUGGAGUAAGAGUGAUUUUCCUAAGAAAUUAGCUGAGCAGGAAAGGAGGGAGCCUGUAGAUGCAGCAGUAUGAACUGUAGUUUCAUAGGGUUUCAGAGCCACCGGGGACCACUGUGUGUGCUAAUAGCUUAGGUCACCUGGUACACACACACACACACACACACACACACACACACCUAUUUCACAGACUUAUGCAGGUUCUGAGUUCUUUCGUUUCCGUUUGGAUUUUCCUAGCCACCCUGUGAUGUAAGUAGGGAUUAUUCCAGUUAAUAGGUACAAGUUUAAUCUUGGUGAGGUCAAGUGGCUCUAGUUACUGGCCAGUAAGUAGCAGAGCUGAGCCAGGCACCAGCCCAGUGCCCUCCUAGCUCAGCCAGGGCACAUGGUCAGCCAGUGUGGGGUAGUGGGUGUGGCUGCAGAAGGCUAUGCCUUUGCCCUCGUCUGGGUCAAAACUUUAUCAAGUAUCUAAUUGAUUCCUGGUUCUCCAGGUCAUCUCCGAACAUCUGUCCUCCAAUGUUCCUAUUUUUUCCUGUAAAAGACCAAAACCUCUUUUUAGUUAUGGCAUGACACAGGCCACAUGACCUCUGAAGAAUUCCCUACUGGUUUUCAAUUCUCUGAAAUCCUUGUAUAGCUUUCAGAGAACAUUUCCCAAUUACCCUCAUCUUCUGCAGAAUCCAUUUGAGGUUAUAAAGUAUACUGCAGUUGCAGUUAGAGGUUUAAGAAAUUAUAUUUUUAAUAUAUAGUAUACUCCUCUCGGCUAGUUUCCUUUGGACUUCAAUGUGCCAAUGUAACUUCCUUAAAGGCUCUAUGCAUUUAUUAUAACUAGGAAACUAUAUGUACACAUUAGUCAGAAAAUUCUGUUUUUAACUAAAUAUUUUUCCAUCAGAAGUUUAAAGGAUUCCUUGAUGAUUUAGGCCUUCAUUUUUUAAAACAAUACUUUCACCAUUACGCAAGAUUACUUCCUUUAUUUUAUCCCACAGCUACUUAGCUCAUUAGCAAGGGUAAUUACUUCUGCUACAAAAAUAGACAGUUAAAAACUGCCUGUAGCUCAGCUGGAAAAUGUCUCUAGAAGCCGGAGCAGGUGGUCCCUGGCUAUUUCUGAUUGGGAAUUUACCUCACCAGCCUGAGCGCAGUGGUGGACGGUGCACAGUCCUGGGAAGCUGGCCUUGGGGAUCAUUCUGGGUUAGCGGCCCUGACAGACUGAAAGCUAAGGGCACUGUGGGCAGGUCAGCCUUGGCCCCGCCCCAGCCCCAUCCUUCCCGGAACUCAGUCUCUCAUCUCUGGCCCUGUGCUCGUCCGCCUUGUCUCCUGUGUCUCUGCCUUGUGCACAGACCUGGGCGCCCUGGAGUUUCACCUGCUCGUUACCCCCUCACCUGUGAGGGCAGCCUCUUCCUUUUGCCCAGCUGCCCCCAGCCUUUGCAGACCCGGCACUGAAAAGGCACAGACCUUCCGCAGCCAGGUUGAACCAGGUGAGGUCCAUAUCCCACCCAAGGGCAUCCUGCAGACCUGACCAAAGACCCCCAUCCUGGGCUGCCCCAUCCUUAGGUGCUGGCUCUUCCUUGGUGGUGAGGCCUCGAAGCCUGAUCCUAGCUGCUGCCACACCUCAGAGCACUGGAGCCCCUGCAGGCGGACUCAGAAGGGCACGAGUGCAUCCUUGCACUGUACCCGUCUGUCCUCCUGGCCUUCCUCCUCCUUGAAUCCUACAGCCCCUCCCUCACCUUAAUGUGGGGGGAGGGCCAGGGCAGGAGGGACCAGGAGAGGGUCAUUCAUUUCCCCUGGGAAAAGCAGGAGAGGAGCCCAGAGCCUGGCUGAGGCCGCUUUCCGCUUCCUUCUCCGGUGUGCAGUGGGCUCAUGGGGCUAAGACACUAGUCCAGCGGGGUCCUGUUACACCUUUUGGAGUUUUCCCCCUGGGAGUCAGCGGCUGAGAAGUCUGAGAGCUCCACCCCCACCCCCACCCCCUGAACACCUCCAGGCCAAGCACUUGAUCUCUGGGUUUCUUGGUCUCUGCAGCUUGUCGCAUGUGCCCCUCAAGAGUGCCAUCUCCCGCCAGGCCUUCUUAGGCAUGGAGAAAGGGCCCGAUCUAUUCUUUAGGUGAAUCUUCCCUCCCCAGCUGUCACUCAUGGGAAUGAGAGAGGCCCGACCCACAAGGCAAGAAUGAGGGUUCUGUGGCUGCCUGUGUGGGCCUGUGACUUGCAGCAGAGGAAGUCCCCGAAGGGCACACAGCACAGGGUCCAGAGUGUGGCAAGGGAGCUCCAAGGUGGUAGUUGCUUGACAGCUGCACGUCAGGUCUGGUGGCAGAGAGGAGAAUGUGUGGCUCAUCUCGCUACUGCCCAUUGUGAGCAAGUGGGUGCCCCUGUACAAUUGAGAGAAGGGGCCUUUCUUCCCCUUCCGCCACCCACAGGAGCUGUCUUUUCAGGGAAGCCAGAUGAGUGGUAGAAGAGCUUUGAAUGUUUUAUUGGGGGGGUGGGGGGAGCGGUUAAAAAUCUCAACAGCAAAUGGCUUCCAGGUUGCAAUUGUCUUUGCUGAAUCCUCAGACACUUCCAGGCACACACUGCCAAGGACAUGUGCUCUGCUUUGUGUCAUGUUUUACCUGUGUGUUUCUAAGACACUUUGUCCACUGCUGUGGUGUCAGUGUCCAGCUGUCCAAGUUGUGUAUCUUCCUCUCACUUCUUAGCAGGGGCUAAAAACUUGCUGUCUUAUAGACUGAAUGCCCUGGCUCAGGACUGGGGGCUGCAGGAAGUAUCUGUGAGAGGUGAAAACACACGCUGCCUGUGUGAAGGGCAAGGCCUUGUCUGUGUGGCUGCUCCUUAGUUAAAAGCCCAUUGACAAGUACGGGCCCUGCCCACACCUAUUCCCACUCUGUUGCCAGAAUCCACACAGUUGCUCCUUAUGCACCAAUGUUGGUUGGGACUUUUCCAUUGACAAGGCCAGUGAAACCCUCACUCCUGGAGAAAGCACAUAGUCUCUACAUCUGGUCACUGGAAAACAGUUUUUUCAGAGAGAGACCGUGCAGGUUUUGGUUUUCUACAUGCAUGCUUUAGAAUAGUCAGGCUUUACAUACAAAAGGAGGGUCCCAGACCACAGAGCCCUCCCUCCCAUCUCUCCACAAUUCCCAACAGAAUCACCUUCCAACAGGAAGAGGCCUCUCCUCCUCCUGAAGGUGAUCUGGCUGUGAGCAAGGGUGCUCUGUUUCCCCAAGUGUUCCAGUGGAUUCUUCUGGCCCCAGGGCAUCCUGCCUCGCAUGGCAUCUUGGCGCCUUUGAGCUGUAGACCCCAUGACCCACUCUCCACUUCCCCAUGUGGCUCACAUGAGGGAUAUUUGGGGACCCAGCAGUCAGAGCUGUGGCUGAGCCACUGUGGCUGGCUCCUGGGGUCCCUUCGUGCAUAAGACUGGGCCUUCAGUUCACAGCACUGACACCCUGGCAGGGUGCCUCUGCCUGUGUCUCCAUCCAGCUAGGAGCAGUUGCUGGUGUCUGAACACAAAGAGAGCUUUGAUUGCCCAGAGAGGAAAGAGGCUGCUGGCCAGCUGGGGCCAGGCCCAGGGCAGAUGCAGGAUCGCCAAAGUGAGGGCCAAGCAGGGUGGAGAGGAAGGCUGGCAAGGUUUCCCCAGAGUGUUUGGAUCUUAUUGGGGCACAGCCGGAACAUCCUUAUAAACAACCCAAACCCAACUUCUGGGGCUGUCCACACACAGCUUGAGCCCCACACAACAUAUUUCUGGCAUGGUAGGCUGAGUGCCACCAUUUUUGUUCAUUCUCUUUGACAGGCAGAGCAGGGGCGAUGGGUCAGAAAGUUGUAAAUAAUAAAUAUAUUUAUGCCGCUAUUUAUUUUUUCAAUACCUGUGGCCUCUUGCACUGUGAAUGCUCUGUGAUAAUGAGAUUCUUAGUUUAAUAAAACUGUCAUCAAAUUUGAAUGAAUUGAUAUUACUGGUUCCUAAACACUGGCAUGAGUUUACUUUUAUUGUGAAGAAAAAAAUCUAGAGUAAAUAUGAACUAAACUUUCCUAAGAAACCUAGCAGUCAGUAUUGUAACGCAAUAUAUCAAAAAUCUGUACACUGUCAAUAAAAUAAAGGAGCACAAUUCAUCUUGCCCCAUGUAGAGCUUCCAUUCAGAUUUUCAGAGACACGUACAUAUUUGUAUUUUUUGAAAGAAUUACACUGGAAUAACAGCCAUUGGAAACCAUUUCUAUUUGCAUAUUGAGAAAAAAUAAACUUCAAAAAGGAUGCGA